AUGUCCUACAGCUGCUCCACAAGGAACUGCUCUUCCAGGUGGAUUGGAGGAGAAUGCACUGUUCCAGUGGCCACAGUUUCUUCCCCGGAUGCCGAUUGCCUGAGUGGCAUCUAUUUGCCCAGCUCCUUCCAAACGGGCUCCUGGCUCCUGGACCACUGUCAGGAGACCUGCUGUGAGCCCACUGUUUGCCAGUCAACUUGCUACCAGCCAACUCCUUGUGUCUCCAGCCCUGUGCAGGUGACCUCUCGGCAAACCACCUGUGUCUCCAGUCCCUGUUCGACUACCUGCAGCCGGCCACUCACCUUUAUCUCCAGUGGCUGUCAGCCUCUGAGUGGCGUCUCUACUGUGUGCAAGCCAGUGAGAAGCAUCUCCACUGUCUGCCAACCGGUGGGAGGAGUCUCCACCAUCUGCCAACCUACCUGCGGGGUCUCCAGGACGUACCAGCAGUCCUGCGUGUCCAGCUGCAGAAGAAUUUGCUAA